AUGGCGACGAAAGUCAAUGGCAAAGACGGCAAGAAGCCGGCCUCGGCGGCGACCAACCUAAUAGCGGGUGGAGGUGCUGGCAUGAUGGAGGCGUUGGUGUGCCAUCCCCUAGAUACCAUCAAGGUCCGAAUGCAGCUCUCGCGGCGCGGCCGCCAGCCCGGGAUGCCCAAGCGCGGCUUCAUCCGUACCGGCGUCGAGAUCGUGAAGAAGGAGACGCCACUGGGUCUAUACAAGGGUCUCGGCGCGGUGCUGACAGGCAUCGUGCCCAAGAUGGCCAUCCGCUUCACCUCGUUCGAGUCAUACAAGCAGCUGCUGGCGGACAAGAAUACGGGCAUGAUCUCGAGCUCAGGCACCUUCGUGGCCGGCCUCGCGGCGGGUGUCACCGAGGCCGUCGCCGUCGUCACCCCCAUGGAGGUCAUCAAGAUCCGGCUGCAGGCGCAGCACCACAGCAUGGCGGACCCGCUCGACAUCCCCAAGUACCGCAAUGCUGCGCACGCGCUCUACACUGUCGUCAAGGAGGAAGGAUUCGGUGCCCUGUACCGCGGUGUGAGCUUGACGGCUCUGCGGCAAGGUAGCAACCAGGCUGUCAACUUCACGGCGUACACCUACUUCAAGGAGGUUCUGAAGCAGUGGCAGCCUGAGUACGCGACCGGCAACCUGCCCAGCUGGCAGACGACCGUCAUUGGUCUUGUGUCUGGAGCGAUGGGCCCUCUGAGCAACGCCCCGAUUGAUACCAUCAAAACACGUCUGCAGAAGACCCCUGCUCAGGAAGGUGUCAGUGCGAUACAAAGAAUCACGGCCAUUGCAUCGGAUAUGUUUAGGCAAGAGGGUAUGCAUGCGUUCUACAAGGGCAUCACACCCCGUAUCAUGCGCGUUGCCCCAGGACAGGCAGUUACGUUUACAGUGUACGAAUUCCUCAAGGACAAGAUAGAAAAGAGCCAGUGGAGCCUGAGCGGCGGCGAGUACGAAGAGUGA